UACUAAAACCCCAGCCCUUGUUCCUCAGUCACAGUUGAUCACUCUCUCUCGAUCAAUCUCAGCCACCAUGCACAGGAUCUCUCGCCGAUCUCUCUCCGCUCUCCUCCGCCACGCCGCACCUUACCGGAGCUCCGCCGCCCCAAUCUCUCACUCCGCCUCGGUGGUGGGAGAGACGGAUACCAAAGUCAGAUGGCACUCGGUGUUAGUCGGUGGGAAGUGUAACCCUGCCAAAUCCACAACUCAAAUAAACUUGAAAAAUGGCCUCUAUUUCGGCAACCGGUAUGAGUCCACUGCUGCAGCCUCGGAUGCAACAGCCGCACCACCUGUUGAGAAAUACGAGUAUCAAGCUGAGGUUAGUCGCCUUAUGGACCUCAUUGUUAACAGCUUGUACAGCAACAAGGAGGUGUUCCUUCGAGAGCUUGUCAGCAAUGCGAGUGAUGCCUUGGACAAGCUCCGGUUUCUUAGUGUUACAGAACCUGACCUUUUGAAGGGUGGAGGUGAGCUUGAUAUCCGUAUCCAGACUGAUACUGACAAUGGAAUCAUAAAUAUCACUGAUUCUGGCAUUGGAAUGACUCGGGAAGAGCUUGUGGAUUGUUUGGGAACAAUUGCACAAAGUGGGACUUCAAAGUUCUUGAAGGCAUUAAAGGAUACUAAAGAUGCUGGUGGUGACAGCAAUUUAAUUGGUCAGUUUGGUGUUGGCUUUUACUCCGCAUUCCUGGUUGCAGAUCGGGUUGUUGUCUCUACAAAGUCUCCGAAAUCUGACAAACAAUAUGUAUGGCAAGGAGAGGCAAAUGCUAGCUCUUAUACGAUUCAGGAGGAGACUGACCCUGAGAAGAUUCUCCCUAGGGGAACCCGCUUGACCUUGUAUCUGAAGCGUGACGACAAAGGUUUUGCUCAUCCAGAACGUAUUCAGAAGCUUGUGAAAAACUAUUCACAGUUUGUUUCUUUUCCUAUAUACACGUGGCAGGAAAAGGGAUACACUAAAGAGGUUGAGGUUGAUGAGGAUCCAGCUGAAUCCAAAAAAGAUGAGCAAGAUAACAAGACUGAGAAGAAGAAGAAAACUAAGACAGUUGUUGAGAAAUACUGGGAUUGGGAUCUCACUAAUGAAACACAACCAAUAUGGCUUCGCAAUCCUAAAGAAGUCACUACAGAGGAUUACAAUGAGUUCUACAAGAAUACUUUUAAUGAAUACUUGGAUCCACUGGCUUCUUCACACUUUACAACAGAGGGUGAAGUAGAAUUCAGGUCUAUAUUAUAUGUCCCAGCUGUUACUCCUAUGGGAAAGGAUGACAUGAUCAAUCCCAAGACAAAAAAUAUAAGGCUUUAUGUGAAACGGGUGUUCAUUUCAGAUGACUUUGAUGGAGAACUGUUCCCACGAUACUUGAGCUUCAUCAAAGGUGUUGUGGAUUCAAAUGAUCUUCCCCUCAACGUCUCACGUGAAAUUCUUCAGGAGAGUCGCAUUGUGCGGAUUAUGAGGAAGCGUUUAGUUCGAAAGGCCUUUGACAUGAUUCUGGGAAUAUCCAUGAGUGAAAACAGAGAGGAUUAUGAAAAGUUCUGGGAAAAUUUUGGCAAACACUUGAAACUGGGUUGCAUUGAAGAUCGUGAAAAUCAUAAACGUCUUGCCCCAUUGCUUAGAUUUUUCUCUUCCCAAAGUGAGGAUGUUAUGAUCAGCUUGGAUGAAUAUGUUGAGAACAUGAAACCUGAGCAGAAGGAUAUCUAUUUCAUUGCUGCUGACAGUGUGACAAGCGCAAGUAAUACGCCAUUCCUGGAGAAACUUCUUCAGAAGGAUCUUGAAGUACUGUAUUUAGUUGAUCCUAUUGAUGAGGUUGCCAUUACAAACCUAAAAUCAUACAAGGAAAAGAAUUUUGUUGAUAUUAGCAAGGAAGAUCUGAAUUUAGGGGAUAAGAAUGAGGAAAAAGAAAAGGAGAUUAAGCAGGAGUUUGGCCAAACAUGUGAUUGGAUCAAGAAGCGUUUGGGUGAUAAAGUUGCCAGUGUUCAGAUUUCAAACCGUCUUAGUACAUCACCCUGCGUUCUUGUAUCUGGGAAGUUCGGUUGGUCUGCCAACAUGGAGAGGUUGAUGAAGGCACAAACUGUUGGGGAUACUUCUAGCUUAGAGUACAUGAGAGGCAGAAGGGUCUUUGAGAUUAAUCCUGAGCACCCAAUCAUUCAAAACUUGAAUGCUGCAAGUAGAGUUAAUCCAGACGAUGCAGAUGCAAUGAGAGCUAUUGAUCUUUUGUAUGAUGCAGCUUUGGUUUCUAGCGGUUUUACUCCUGAGAAUCCAGCAGAGCUGGGUGGAAAGAUUUAUGAGAUGAUGGGGUUGGCUCUUUCGGGGAAAUGGUCUGCACCUGUUGCCGAGGUCCAGGAGGUUCAGCAUCAAGAAGCCGCACCACAGCACAACAGCACGGAGAUAUUAGAGGGUGAGGUGGUUGAGCCAGUCCAAGCUGGUAGCCAAAAAUGAGGAGCACAAAGCAAUUUAAUGUUUUUGGUUAGAGUUUAGGGGUGCACAAAGAAAUUUUCCUUAUGUCUGGAGAGAUAAGAGUAUCAUGAUGUAUUUCUCGAGAGUAGGCACUGCUAUGGCCAUGGCCUUAUUUAAUAAUAAAUUAUUAUUCUGACUAGUUCUUUCUUUCU